GAAGACACUACAGUAGUGGCUUCUAACGUAACCUGUGAAAUGUCGAGUAUGUUUUAAAAACAUGUACUUUUUAAUGCCGCCUACAAUGUAAGUCUUUUCACCGUUACGCCACUCUACAUUCUCUUCAAGACAAAUUAACGACGAUAUAAAUACGAGGAGUCCUAAGUUUUUUGAUUGAAUGGGCGACACUGAGUGAGUGAAAAGGAUGUUAGCCUGACAUCAGAGCGACAUCAUGUUCUCAGCCAAGCUGACCAGCCACGUAACCCUAAACGCCCUGAGGAGGAUUCACCAUGGACCCUGCUUUUACUCAAUGCCAAGCUGCUUCCACCACAAGGAAGGAGGGAGGACUCGACAUUCUAACCACACAGAGACCAACAUCCUGGGGAGAGUAGACCCCAGUGCAAACCGACCACCAGUCAGAUUACACAGGACACACAACCAUGGGAGAAGAUCAUUCGGCUUCUCAGCUGCUAACAUUGUAAAUUCUGCACCAGUGCCGGUCCAGCCAUAUCUCAGAUUGAUGCGGCUUGACAAACCAAUUGGGACAUGGCUGCUGUACCUCCCAUGUACAUGGAGCAUUGCUUUGGCCUCAGACCCUGGAUGCCUCCCAGAUCUGUGCAUGCUCAGUUUAUUUGGUACAGGUGCCGUGCUGAUGAGAGGAGCAGGCUGCACCAUUAAUGACAUGUGGGAUAAGGACUUUGACACCAAGGUUUCCAGGACAGCUAGUCGACCUAUUGCCUCGGGGGAGAUUUCUCAAAGGCAGGCACUUGUCUUCCUAGGAGGGCAGCUCUCUCUUGCACUUGGGAUUCUCUUGUGUCUAAACUAUUACAGCAUUGCAUUGGGUGCAGCAUCACUAUCUCUUGUCAUCACUUACCCACUCAUGAAGAGGAUCACUUAUUGGCCACAGUUUGUGUUAGGCCUCACUUUUAACUGGGGAGCUCUGCUUGGCUGGGCCGCUGUUAAGGGCUCCUGUGAUUGGUCUGUGUGCCUCCCACUGUAUUUCUCAGGGGUGAUGUGGACAUUGAUAUAUGACACAAUAUAUGCACAUCAGGAUAAAGAAGACGACAUCAAGGUGGGAGUAAAAUCUACUGCACUGAGGUUUCAGGACACAACCAAACGUUGGCUGAGUGGCUUCACUGUGGCCAUGAUAUCAGGGCUGGUUGUGGCUGGGGUCAAUGCUGAACAGACUCUACCUUACUAUGCUGUCCUGUCCACAGUCGCCGUUCACCUAACACAUCAGAUUUAUUCAGUAGACAUCAACAACCCAGAAGACUGCUGGAAGAAAUUUGUCUCAAACAGAAACCUCGGACUUUUGUUAUUUUUAGGCAUUGUUGCUGGCGGUUUGUGGAAAGAAAGAAAAGAGACCUUGUUACAGGAUGAGGAAACAGCCAGAUAAUCAAUGCACACUGUAUUUGGUAGAUUACAUCACAUACACGCUGUUGCACAGUGUUUGGAUUUAAAGAAUGUACUGAUGUGCUUCUAGUGUAUCAUUAAUGACAAGUUUUUUCACAAACCACCAGAGGCAGAGUUACCUAAAUCAUUAAUCAAAUUCUUGUGAUGUUUUGAUCUACUGAGGAAAAAUAAAAUAUCCAGGUCACUAGUUCAA